AUGGAUAAAUAUCAUUUAUAUAAUAAUGUAGAAUGUAAUAGUAAUGAGGAAAUAAUAAUAUAUCCAACAUUUGAAUCAAUGUAGUUAAAAAUAGAACUAAUAAAAGGUAUAUAUAUAUAAUAAACAUAGGAAUAUAUGCAUAUGGUUAUACUAUACCUUCGGUAAUUCAGCAAAAAGCAUUAGUUCCAAUUAUAUAAGGAAGAGAUGUUAUAUUAUAGAGUUUAAGGAGUACAGGCAAAACAACAGUUGUUGCUUUAUCAAUAUUAUCUAUUAUCGAUUUUUCAGUCAAGUAGAAGUUUAUUUUAUUUAUUCUGUUUAGUUAAACCUAGGUUUUAAUUUUGUCAAAAACAAGAUAAAAGGCAGAAUAUACUGCUAAAACUCUAAUAGCUCUGGGUAAUUAUCUUAAUAUUUAAAAUUAUAUAUUAUGUUUUGGAGUAAAUUCCUUAUCGGAUAACGUCAAUAUACUAUAAAAAGAAGUGUAAAUAGUAUCGAGUUCACUCGAUUAAGUUUUUAAUCUAAUUCAGAGAAAGAUACUCAAUAUUAGUCAUUUAAAAAUGAUAAUUCUGAAUUAGGUUGAUGAAAUAUUAAUUGAUUAUUAAACCAAACCAUAAGUUUAUGAUAUUUAUAAAUUUUUGGAACAUAAGACCUAGAAUAUUUUAGUGACAGAAACAUAAUCACAAGAUAUAUUAGAUUUUAUUGAAAAAUUUAUAAACAAACCUCUCAUAAUUAAGGGAUAAAGAAAUGAAUUGACAUUAGAAGGGAUAAAGUAAUUUUUUAUUCGAAUAGAUAAAGAAGAAUGGAAAUUUGAAACUUUAUAUGGUAUAUAUGACAUAAUAACUGUUACAUAAUCAGUUAUCUUUUGCUCAACCAAAUAAAAAUGUGAAUGGUUGGCAAAUAAAUUGAGGGAUUAUAAUUUAAGUGUAGCCUUAAUCGAUGAUAAUAUGAGUUAAUAAUAAAGAGAUAGAAUAAUGACCGAUUUUAGAUAAGGAAAUUAAAGAGUCUUGAUUGCUACUGAUAUUUAGGGAAUAAGUAUUGUUACUAUUAUUAAAAGGUAUUGAUAUUUAAGUAAUUUCCUUAAUAAUCAAUUAUGAUUUCCCAAAAUAGAAAGAAUUAUACAUUAAUAGAAUUGGAAGAAAAGGUAAAUUUGGAAGAAAAAGUGUUGCCAUUAAUUUUUUAAUAUCAGAAGAUCUCUAAAUUCUAAAUGAAAUUGAAUAAUAUUAUUGGAUAACAAUUGAAGAAAUGCCCAUAAAUUUUACAGAUUAUUUAUGA